AUGUGUCACGUCAUCUACAAUACUCUUAAAGUUGUUUUCGCAAUAAAUGUCAUUGCUCAACUAUCGGAGAGUACUAAGCGAAGAGAGGUUUCCACGGCUGGACGCGCUACUGGCCAUAGUAGCGCUAUCCCAGCAUGGAGAAGAAGAAUUGAGGAACGUAUCGCAAAGGCUAGAGCUCUCAUCGGCAGACUGAUAUGCUUCAGAUCAGGCAACAACAGGCCAAGAAUUGUGCGCACCGUCAGGAUGGCGUUUGCUGGGACAAAUGUCAGUUUGUCCCAGCCGGAUAUAACGCAAAAACUGACGGAGCGCAUAGAUGAUCUGAAGCAGAGAAUCGCUGCUUGGGGAAAACGGAUUCGGCGAUAUACCGAGAGGUCGACACGGUUCAACCAGAAUCGUCUCUUCCAGAGUGAUCAGAAGAGGCUCUAUGAAUCAUUGGAGCGACCAAUGGUAAGUGGAACGGGUCCAGCACCGAAUCAGGCCGACACUGUAGCAUUCUGGCGCGGCCUGUGGUCAGAGCCCGUAAACCACAGCGAGGGCCCUUGGACGGAAGUUGUGGCGAGUCAGUGUGCGGGUAUUACGCCCAUGGACCCCGUCAUCAUAACGCCGGAUGACGUAGCUGAGGCGGUCCGUAGGGCCCCGAACUGGAAAAGUCCGGGGCUUGACGGGCUGCAUCACUACUGGCUGAAGGGGUUCAUGAGGAAAGCAACUUGCGGUAGAAUAUGUCAGAUACACAAGGAGAAAGCAAUGCUGAAGAUUUCGCUAGUAGAAUUCAAUUCAACAGAGUAA